GGGUGCACCAUGAGCGGUUAUAUAACACUUAUAAGACAGUUAUAUAAUACUACUUAACAAUACGAACACGAAAGGGUUUACGUUAGCAUGAUAUGAUAUCUUACUAAAGCGGAGACUGAACAUUGUAUUUCCCGUCACAUGAUAUCCACCGACAACGCUAAAUGUGUUUGAUGAGUCAGUUUUCUGUGUUGAAGUAGCGGGAAAGGUUAGUUAUUAUCCGUGGAAAUGUGGUUGCUGAGACCGAUAACUAACGGAUACACCGUGCUGGCUGUUUAAACUCCAGAGGGAUGUGUUCUGGUUGGUUACUGUUUACAUUCUGCUGGAUUCAGAUCCGAUCGGACGCAGAUUAUGGAAUUGUAGGAAUUCCAUAAUCUGAAAUCAUAAUAGGAUUUGUAACAGGGGGUUAUUAGUUUUGUAUUAGGAGUGAUUGCCCUUAUGACACCCUCACAGGCCUAGUAUGGGCGAGAAGACCAGUUCCUGUCUGUGGACUUCUGUGCCUCAGAUUUCUCCUGCACCAUGUAACCGCUAUAAGCAUGCUAUUUGUGCUUACAAUGGGAACGUAUACCUGCUCGGAGGUAGAGUGAAGCACUCAUUAAAAGAUUUCUGGAAAUACUCUGUGGUAUGUAACAAGUGGGUCAAGUUGGACUGUGAUGAUGACAAUGCACCUGACGAAUUGGAGGAACACAGCAUGGUGCCUAAUCAGGGUGUCCUCUAUGUUUUCGGAGGCUUGAGGGAUUCAGCAUAUUCUGACUCAAAAACACCUCUCUGGUUGUUUGACACAGCUAAAGAACACUGGUUCUACAUAGAAGAGCAAAGUCCACUUUCUCAGAAUGUGGCACCAUCCAACAAAAAGGGACACAGCGCUGUUGUGUUGGGAUCCUGUAUGUUCAUUUAUGGUGGAUACAUCGACAUGCGAGGGACCUCACAGGAAUUCUGGAGAUUUGACAUGGACUCCAGGUUAUGGUCACUCUUGAGUAUUGAACAAGUGGGUCCUGGACCUCGGCAUAGCCACUCUGUCAUAACCCACCAGAACUAUAUGUACCUGUACGGUGGUCUGCAAGGUCUGAAGGAGCAGAGGGACCUAUGGAGAUGGAGCUGCCACAGCCAUACAUGGACCUGCAUCAGUACCUCCUCAGGACCCUCUAAACUGAUGGGCCACUCAGCUGCAGUGUACAAGGACAGCAUGCUGCUCUUUGGUGGAGGAGAGACCCAGACUGCUCCCACUAACUGCCUGUGGCGUCUCAAUCUUACCACACUAAUGUGGGAGAGGCUGCUUUCAUUGCCUGGAUCCACUGCUCCAUGCCGGAUUCACCACCGCUGUGUUGGUCUUGGCCCUAAAUUCCAGCCCAGACCACCAAAUAAUACCAGUAGUAAAGAACUCUCCAUAUCAAAAAGCAAGGACAGCACAUUCAGACCCUUCAAGAACAAGUGUUUCCCUUCCAGUCCCUUAAAGCAGCAGCCUGAUGAGGACAUAGAGCUACAGAAUCUGCAUGUCAGCUUAAAAAGUACUAAGACAUAUGGGAACUGCCUCACCUUUGAAAACCAAUUUGCACAAGGAAACAGGGACAAUGAGCAUUCAGAAAAUGAAACAGAGGACACUAUGGAGGUCCCAAUGCCUGACUUGCUGCUCAUAUUCGGAGGUAAACCUCUAAAAGACCAAGCUGCCAUUUCGGUGUGGCAAAUGACUUUGGGAGAUAGCUGAGAGAGGGUGAAAAGUUCUAUAGAAGCAAAUGCUACUUUCUCAGAGAGAGAGAGAGAGAGAGAAAAAAAAUAGACUUAAUUGUCCUAUAUGAGGACAUACUUAUCGUUUUUACUGCUGGUACACUAGUGGCAUUCUGAUUUAUUAAUCUGAUUUAUAUAUUACCAUAUAUUGGGGGUUUGAAUGGGGGUUCAAAUACUGACUCCGCCCUGUGUGCACAGAGUUUUCAUUCGUGGCUUGGGGGUUUCCUCCAGGUACUUUGGCAUUUCCAAAUUGUCUGUAGUGUGUGAAUGUGUGUGCAGUUGUGCCCUGCAAUGGGUUGGCACCCUGUCUAGGGUGUCCCCUGCCAAGUUCCCUGUGAUAGGAUAAGUGGUAUGGAAGAUGGAUGGAUGGAUGGAUGGAUGGAUACCAGUCAUGGUCACGGUGGAGACGGAACCCAUCACAAUAUUACUGGGGGACCUGUGGGAGAAUUCACCCAGAAUUCACCGCGGAUGGGAUGCUUGUCCAUCACAAGGCACCUUACACACAUUCUCACACUCGUUCACAAUCAAGGGCAAAACCAAUUCGCCUACUGGCAUUUUUUGGGAGAUGGGAGGAGACCAGAGAUCCCAGAGGAAACCUCCAUGUACUGUACAUGUUCACCCUUAUGCUGUACAUAUCUUUGCAUCCACUGUAUCAUGUUUUUGCAGAUUUUCCUCAACAUAUUUGGGUUGACACAUUUGCUUAACAUAUUCUCAUUAGUUCCUGACUUUUUGGACUCUCUGUAGAUCACAUAAUUAGAUUAACUUUGUUUUCUUUACAGUGGUAACAAACACCCAAGUUCAGCAUGUUCACAGUAUGAUGAGACCUUUUCUUGUUUAUAGAACAUACACAGAUAUGUGUAUGCCUUGUGAAUUAUGAAUGAACAUUUUAGACGCAAGCUACCUAAAUUAAACAAAGUAAGCUGUGAUUGAAAAGUUUGUAAUGUGUAUCUUGAUUAUGCAGUAAUGCUAAAAAUAAUUCCAAAAUACUUUGGUACUUCACAGAUCCAAAUGUGUUUGUAUUUAUUUGAUGAUCAUUGCAGUGAAUUUGACAUCAUCCACCAGAUGUUCCAGGCACUGAGGUCAGAAGUAUUACACAGGCAGAACAAGAGAUGGCGCCACAGCACCAAAACAGAAGUGCUUCUUCAUUCACUUCUUAAAAUGGUUUAUAUACAAAAAGAUAAAUGUCCAUCAAUUUAAAAACACACUAAUGUGGAAAAAAAAUCACAUUUUAGUAACUAUUCAAAGAUCCUGAAUUCAUUAAAGGGUUUGGUCUAAAGAAAUGUUGAUUGACACACGAUAAACCUUAAAAAGCAUAUAACACCAUUAAUAAUUUUACUACACUUUUGAUAAAUGUUUAACACUCACAUUAAGGAGUAGGCCUAUACUGUAAAGGUCAUAUCAGACUUUCCAGGAAAACAGACUGUAACAUGAGUCUAAUAGAAGGGAGUUACAAUAUGACGUUUACACUUUAUUGUGUAUGUAACCUUGGCUGGCCACCAGAGCUGUGGAGUGUGCGGGUCAGCUAAUGCUGUUCUCGCCUCUACACACACACACACACACACACACACACACACAGUAAUCUCCUCUCAGCCCACGUGGUUUCAACUAUAAAAAGUUAGGCUUUAGUAUGUUGAUUGCAUUGGGGAAAGGACGGAAAGCACAACAUCGGUUCUGUAGUACACACAGGCUAUGCACCCGCUAGAACGUCAGGAUUCUCUGCUCUAUUAUCAUUCCAAGCGGCGACCUGGACGGAGAGAAGGUGCGAUCAAUCACAGAGAGGACACUGUUUCAGCUCUUAGUACUUUUAGUGACUAAUUUGUGCAAUCGAUCGGAUCUCGGACUCUGAUUGCAUUCUUUUUGUGUUGGAAUGAUUUUUCUCCUGCCGUCAUUAUAAGGACGAAAUGUGGCCUGUGUUUUACGCGCACUGAUCUAGCCUGAGGCUGAGUUUGGAUGCUCGAAGUCAAGCCCAUCUCUUCUGACCGGAGUCUCUGCAUCCUUCACACCCACACACACACACACAAAAAA